UCGUAGUGGUCAUGGAAUUUAAGAAAUGUGAUCUAUCCAGAUACCGCAAUGAGUAUCUUGCAGCAGUCACCGCAACUCUUUCGUUAGUGGCAACCGUAGCAGCCGCUGGUUGGUCAUCUCCAGCCAUCCCAGCCCUUCAACGGGAGGAUUCACCAAUUCCAAUAACAGCCGACCAAGGAUCAUGGAUUGUAUCGAUCCUUUCGAUUGGAUCGUUGUUCGGUCCCAUAAUUACAAGUCUGUGUGUCGAUCGCUACGGACGUAAACUCACUCUUCUACUGUCAGUAAUUCCACUUACCAUCGGAUGGGUUAUGAUUACGUUUGCAGAACACGUUUCAACCAUCUACGCUGCUCGUUUCCUGCACGGCAUUUCACACGGAACCGUUUACUCAGUUGCUCCCAUUUAUCUAGGAGAAAUAUCAUCCUCCGCUAUUCGUGGUUCAACAGGAAUACUCGUGACGGUGAUGGCAAAGCUCGCUUUUCUGCUGGAAUACAGUAUUGGACCCUACGUCGACUUCAAAACCUUAGCGCGCAUGUCUCUAACCUUUCCAAUUGUAUUUCUCGUACUCUUUUCAUGGAUGCCGGAAUCUCCCUACUAUCUACUUGCUGGGGACAAACAUGAAGCCGCUCUCGCUAGCCUAUGUUGGCUACGACGAUGUGACGGUCAGUCGGAAGAAUUGUAUCAAGAGUUCAAUCAGAUGAAAACUCUCAUCGAAAAAGGACGCCACAAUCAAACAACAAUAAAAGAAUUAUUCAAAAAGAUGGGUGGUAUUCUACUUCAAAAAUCAAAUCGGAAAAGUUUGAUAAUCAUCCUAGUACUAUCAUGCGGUAUGCAGCUGACUGGUAUUAACGCCAUUUUAGGCUACUCGCAAACCAUUUUCUCAAAGCUAGAAAUGGGUCUACAAGCUGCCGAGUUAUCCAUCGUUUUGGCCGCUGUUCAGCUGCUAGCCGUGGUUAUACCAACAUUCGCCGUUGACAGAGCCGGCCGACGACCGCUAUUACUAAUAUCCUGCGGUGGAUCUUUGCUUGGGUUGCUGAUAUGCAGCAUUUAUUUCACUCUCGACGCCUUCGGAUAUUCUGUGCAAGCAUUCAGUUGGGUACCAUUCCUUGGCACACUGGGCUUCAUCGUAGCGUUUGCACUAGGACUUGCAACGGUGCCUUUCGCCAUAUUGGGUGAAGUCUUUCCGAAGCACAUCAAAGCCAAUGCGAAUGCGGCAUUUGCUAUCAUAACUUCAGUGGUGGUAUUUACUGUAGUAAAACUGUUUCAAGUUAUAUCGGAUGGGGUUGGGACAUUUGUUUCGUUCUGGAUCUUCAGUGUUUGUACGGCUGGCAGUGGAGCGCUGAUAUACUGGAUCAUACCGGAGACGAAGGGACAAUCACUGGAAGCGAUACAGAAAACCAUGCUUGACAUAGGAGGAUCCAAAAGAAGACCAUUGCUGUGCUUAUGAACUCUUUUAUUUGUUUUAUAUUUCUAGUUAGUAUACUGCCUACUAUAGCAUUGAAUCAGAAGCAGCGAGAUUAAAGCAUGUUCUGUCAGUGACUAAAUCAGAGUGAAAUAGAAUACAGUUACGCACACAUCUAUGGCUACCCGAAACAAAUUAAGGAAGUUGGG